AUGAAAGAGUUCAAACAAUUUGACAUUGUCUCAGACUAUUCGGAUCAUUACUUUGCCUCUUUGAAUUUGGGCUUUUUUGGCAAGAAGAAAGAUUGCUUCACAAACGCUAAUAGUGGUGUACUCAAGAAGAUCAUGCAAGAAUGGAAAAUCCUGAAGAACAGUCUGCCAGAAACUAUCUAUGUUCGUGCCUAUGAAGAAAGAAUGGAUUUGCUACGAGCAGUUAUUGUUGGGGCAGCUGGCACACCCUAUGAUGAUGGUCUUUUCUUCUUCGACUUUGCAUUCCCUCCUGACUAUCCCAAUAGCCCUCCAAAAGCAUAUUAUCAUUCACAUGGCUACCACCUAAAUCCAAAUUUGUAUGGCGAUGGGAAAGUCUGUUUGAGCCUCCUCAACACAUGGAAUGGUGAGAAGGAAGCUAGAUGGAACCCUUGUAAAUCCACAAUUCUCCAGGUACUAGUGUCACUCCAAGGGCUUGUUCUUAAUGAAAAACCCUACUACAAUGAGCCAGGUCGACGUCAUUCUCAAAAUAAAAAGUUAUCAAAGAGAUAUAACAGCAUGAUGUUCCUUUUAUCUUGUAGAACAAUGUUGGCCUUGUUGAGAAAACCUCCAAGGAGCUUUGAGGGUUUUGUCCAUGAACAUUUUUGCACUCGAGCAAACUUUAUAUUACAAGCUUUCAAGGCAAAUACGGACUGUUCUGCAGCAUUUGGCCACCAUCAAGAUUAUGUAUCUCAUUUCUUCUUUGAAGGUUCAGUAAAGUUACACCAGAAAACAAAACUCUAUCUGGAACUUGAAAACGCCUUUACCAAGAAUACAGCUUCAGUCACUAAAUUGGCUUUCACUGAUGACACAAAGAAUGAAGCUCUAGUCCUUCACACCUACAACAAUGAAGGCUUGUACCAGUCAAAACAAAUUUGGGGGUUGAUCGGGUUGGUACUUAGUAUUGUUUGUUUGCCAUUGUUAUUUUCAGUAUUCUUGGAACUUGUAGGGUAG